AUGGAAGCAAACACAGAAGAUCAAGAAUCUCGUGUGGCAGUCGAAGAAACACUGCAACCACUUCUGGAAAAUGCACCAAAACCCACUAAAACGCCAGCACAAAAGGCCAUAAGAAAGACCUUCAAAAUAUCAGCACAUUUGGCAAACCUUCUUCCCACAGGGACAGUACUGGCGUUCCAAAUUCUUUCGCCAAUUUUCACACACCAAGGGCAGUGUCACACCAUCACAAGCAAGUUCAUGACUCUGGACCUUCUAGCAAUUUGUUGCUUGUCAUGUUUUCUUCUGUGUUUCAGCGACAGCUUCAGGGAUGGAAGGGGCAAAGUUCGUCAUGGUUUAGCCACAUUUAGAGGCUUGUGGGUGAUUGAUGGGCUGCCAGUUGAAGCAGAGGAGGCAGCCAAGUAUAGGCUAAGGUCUAUUGAUUUCUUCCAUGCCUUCAUGUCGGUGCUGGUUUUUGCAGCAGUGGCAUUGUUUGAUCAAAACGUUGUCAAGUGCUUCUAUCCCACACCCUCUGAUGAGGCUAAGGAUCUUCUUGUGGCAUUGCCUAUUGCGGUUGGAGUGGCAUGCAGCUUGCUGUUUGUUGCUUUCCCUACCAAGCGCCAUGGAAUUGGAUUCCCUCUCUCUCGCCACUAA